AUGAGUGACAAUGAAAGACCUUCUGGCGGCUACAUCGACCCAAACUUCCCAAACCCCAACGGCAAAGAUGAUGUCCCCAUCAUCAUCUACGGCUACACGCCGUCUUUUGCCCUCGCCGUAUUUGCAGCCGCCUGGUUCUUUCUUAUGCUAGCGAUCCAUCUCGGUCAGACCAUCCGCUACAGAAGCUGGUGGUUUAUCCCCUUUUCCGUCGGCCUCGCCUUUGAAAUCGUCGGGUACAUUGCGCGCUCGCUCUCGGCGAAGAAGGAUCCCUACAACUUGAACUACUUCAUCAUCAAUUACUUCUUCAUCGUCACCGCGCCCGUCUUCCUCGCUGCUGGAAUCUACACCAUCUUAUCGGCCCUCAUCUCUUGGCUGGGAUCCAAGUAUUCUCUUCUCUCGCCCAAAUUCAUUCUAUGGUUCUUUAUUCUGUCAGACGUUAUAUCCACAAUCACCCAGGUCGCCGGCGCAGCCCUCAUCGGCGUCCAAGAAUCCAACCGCAAGGACCCAACGUUUGCCAACGACAUUCUCCUGGGCGGUCUAUCCUACCAAGUCUUCUCCAUCGGCGUCUUCAUUGCCGUCGCGGGAAGUUUCUUGGUGCGUGCCAGACGGGCUGUUCAAGAGCGUCGCCUCACUGCUUUUGCGCUUGUCUUCUCCGCCGCCACGAUCUUGGUGUAUCUGCGAACAGUCUUUCGGCUUGCGGAGACGGCUCAGGGUUUGAAUGGUUCCAUACAGACCAACGAGAUUUACUUUGCUUGUUUGGAGUUUGCGCCUGUAGCGGCGGCGGUACUCCUUUUUGCUGGAUGGCACCCUGGGAGAUGCCUGGGCAGCACAGUCCGGGAGACUGAGGCGCUCAAUGAUGAAGCACACAAUAAUCGGAAUAAGGCUUGA